GAGCCGCCUUCCCGGCUGCUGGCAGGCACCCCGAGCUUCCUCGCUCGCCAGCCUAGACUCUGCCGCCUUGCCUUUGCCUGCGGCUCCGCUGACGAGGCUGCAAAGCUGCAAACUCGGUAGCGCUGGCCUCCCUGCCCACCUGUGGAAGAAGCUCGCGCUGACUGAUGCGCCAUCGACUUUUUCCCCUCUUCGGCCUCGCCAGCGUCCCCUCCCACAGAAGCAGCAUCACCCUGUGAAUAUACAUUAGGGUGGUUUUUCCCCCCUCCAGCUUCGGGCUUUGUUUGGGUUUGAUUGUGUUCGGCUCUGCGCCGAGCUGAUUUAUGCAGCAGAAGCCCCACCGGCUGAAAAGAAACAAAAGCUCUUUUCUUUGUCCGGGAGCGGGCUGCAGAGCCCUCGCUCGCGUCAUCCCCGCGGGGUUGCGGCCGUCGGAGGAGGUGCUGCUGGCCAAGGCGGUGGGAUCGGUGGUCCGAGCUGGGAGGGCCGUGGGGGCCCUGAGAUGCCGAGCGGUGCACAGCCUCGCGGACCUGCACCCGUAGCUCUGACCCGCGGGGUCCCCCUGCCAGACCUGCGAGAAACGUCCUAGCGAGACGCGGCCCCCGACGUGCGCCUGCGAGACGCCGAGCGCGCGCCCCGAAAGCAACACGGCGGCGGGCGCGUUGCGAGCGACUGUACAUUAUGUGCGGCUGGGCCCUGGCUUUUUUUACCGCUGCAUUUGUCUGCCUGCAAAACUGCCGGCGAGGUCCUCCUGCCCAGGCUCUCCGGGCGGCCUGGGUGCUUUCAGUUGUUCUUGGACUGAGCCAAAGUGAAAGCAAUAGAUGUGCGGAUUCAAAUGCAGCUUCUUGUGCCAAGUGCCUUGCUCUGGGUCCAGAAUGUGGAUGGUGUGCUCAAGAGGUUUUCAUUUCAGGUGGAUCAAGGAGUGAACGUUGUGAUACUGUUUCCAAUUUAAUAAGCAAAGGCUGCUCAUCUGAUUCAAUUGAAUAUCCAUCUGUGCAAGUAAUACCAAGAGGAAAUGAAAUUAAUAGCCAGGUGACACCAGGAGAAGUGUCCAUUCACCUACGUCCAGGGGCUGAAGCUAAUUUUAUGUUGAAGAUUCAUCCUCUGAAGAAAUAUCCUGUGGAUCUUUAUUACCUCGUGGAUGUUUCAGCAUCAAUGCAUGAUAAUAUAGAAAAACUAAAUUCUGUCGGGAAUGAUUUAUCUAGAAAAAUGUCACUUUUCUCCCGUGACUUCCGGCUUGGAUUUGGCUCCUAUGUUGAUAAAACAGUUUCACCAUACAUUAGCAUCCACCCAGAAAGGAUUCAUAAUCAGUGCAGUGACUAUAAUUUAGACUGCAUGCCUCCCCAUGGGUAUAUUCACGUCUUGUCUUUGACGGAGAACGUCACUGAGUUUGAAAAAGCAGUUCACAGACAGAAGAUCUCUGGAAACAUAGACACGCCGGAGGGAGGCUUUGAUGCCAUGCUUCAGGCAGCUGUCUGCGAGAGUCAUAUUGGAUGGCGAAAAGAAGCUAAAAGGUUGCUGCUGGUGAUGACGGAUCAGACAUCUCAUCUUGCUCUUGAUAGCAAAUUGGCCGGCAUUGUGGUGCCUAAUGACGGGAACUGCCAUCUGAAAAACAACGUCUACGUCAGGUCCACAAGCAUGGAACAUCCCUCACUAGGCCAACUUUCAGAAAAAUUAAUAGACCACAACAUCAAUGUCAUCUUUGCAGUUCAAGGGAAACAGUUUCAUUGGUAUAAGGAUCUUCUACCACUCUUGCCUGGCACCAUUGCUGGUCAAAUAGAAUCAAAUGCUGCAAACCUCAAUAAUUUGGUAGUAGACGCUUAUCAGAAACUGCUUUCAGAAGUGAAAAUUCAGGUGGAAAACCAGGCACAAGGUGUCUAUUUUAACAUUACAGCCAUCUGUCCAGAUGGAUCCAAAAAGCCAGGCACAGACGGAUGCAGAAACGUGACAAGCAAUGAUGAAGUUCUUUUCAAUGUCACAGUCACAAUGAAAAAAUGUGAUGUCACAGGAGGAAAAAACUAUGCCAUAAUCAAGCCUAUUGGUUUCAAUGAAACCACUAAGAUCCAUAUCCAUAGAAACUGCAGCUGUCAGUGUGAUGAUGGCAGAGACCUUAGAGCAGCAUGUGUAGAUGAAAAGUUUUCGGACGCUCACUGUUUCCAGUGUGAUGACAAUAAAUGUCAAUUGGAUGAAGCUCCGUUUCCUUCUGAGAGUUGCCAGUCCCACAGAGAUCAGCCUGUUUGCAGUGGUCGAGGAGUUUGUGUUUGUGGAAGAUGCUUAUGUCACAAAACUAAGCUUGGAAAAGUGUACGGAAAAUACUGCGAGAAGGAUGACUUUUCUUGCCCGUAUCACCACGGAAGUCUGUGUGCUGGUCAUGGAGAGUGUGAAGCUGGCAGAUGUCGGUGCUACAGUGGCUGGGAAGGGGACUGGUGCCAGUGCCCGUCAGCAUCAGCCCAACACUGCCUCAACUCGAAGGGCCAAGUGUGCAGCGGGAGAGGCACCUGUGUGUGUGGCAGAUGCCAGUGCACUGAUCCCAUGAGCAUCGGACGCUUCUGCGAGCACUGCCCCACCUGUGAUUCAGCCUGCAAUGAAAACUGGAACUGUAUGCAAUGCCUUCACCCUCAUAAUCUCUCUCAAGCUACACUUGAUCAGUGUAAAACCUCAUGUGCUGUCAUGGAACAACAUUCUAUGGACCAGACAUCAGAAUGUUUCUCCAGUCCAAGCUAUCUGAGAAUAUUCUUCAUUAUCUUUACAGUCACGUUCUUGAUCGGGUUACUUAAAGUUCUUAUCAUUAGACAGGUGAUACUGCAGUGGAACAGUAAUAGGAUUAAGGCCUCAUCAGAUUAUAGAAGUCCAGCCUCAAAAAAGGAUAAGUUGAUUCUGCAUAGUGUUUACACAAGAGCAGUAACCUACCGACGUGAGAAGCCUGAAGAAAUAAAAAUAGACAUCAGCAAAUUAAAUGCUCAUGAAAAUUUCAGGUGCAACUACUAA